UAAUCUCACCCCUUUGUGCAUUAUGAUAGUCUUUGCCCCCUGUGUCGUUCAGUGAACUGGUUAGAUGAUGGUCACUGAACAGGUAGCUAUUCAAUAUUUCUUUUAUCCUCAUCAUUCAGUGUGUGGCCCAUGCAUGAUUUAUGCAUGCUAUCCAAACCCAGCUCUGAAUACAGAAUUAGUACUGGUUUCAGAGUAACAGCCGUGUUAGUCUGUAUCCGCAAAAAGAACAGGAGUACUUGUGGCACCUUAGAGACAAAUUUAUUUGAGCAUAAGCUUUCGUAGGCUACAGCCCACUUCAUCGGAUGCAUGUAGUGCUGUCAUUGUAGUAUCUUAAAUUCACUAGUGUUUGUAAAGAGCUAUCUUUACAACACCCACUUGAGGUGACUUCAUAUCUUCCAUUUUAAAAUGUCAGCUAAUUUUUGGUGUCAACUAUGAGAGCCAAGAGCCUGAUUUUUCAAAGUAGUACUUUGAGAGCUCGGCUCUGAAUAUAUAUUGACCUCAGUUGCAGUUGUGAGUCCUCAGUACUUCUGCAAAUCAGAUCCCUGGUGUCUCAAGAUGAGUACCUAAAAAAUGAACACAGUGGCCACUUGUGAAAAUCUUGGUUUGUGGCUUGCUCAGUAUCAUGUAUGAACUCUCUGGUAGAGGCAGGGAUCAAAUCUAAUUCUCCAGGGUAGCAUUCAGCUGCCUUCCACAUGAGAUCAUCCUUUCUCUAAUCCAGUGUCUCAUUCACUACACAUCUUCCACUUUCUCAGCAAAUGAGGCAAGGGUCCUACAAACAAACAACUCAUUCUCUACUCAACCUUGAUUUAAACCCUGGGUACUGUCCCUCCUGUGCACUGAAGGGAAGCAGGUGUCCUAUGGAAAAAAUGGUGAUUGUGAGAGAUGGCAAUUUCCUUGACAAAUAGUAUUAAAUUAAGUUAAAUCUUACUGAAUCAAGUUUAAGUAUCUUAAGAGUUCAUUGUAUUAAAAAUGCAAUUGUUUAUGUAUUAUUGUGGGCUUGUAUGUAAUGUCUCUGGAGGAAGACAUGACUAAGGAAAACCAGGGAAAGUGUUCGCAGCUUCACAGGACUAUUUAACACAAUGUGCCAGACAAGAAUGAACUUUUAAAGUUAAGUGGGUUUUCCAGUUAAUCUCUAGGGAGAGGAUAUGCAAAUGUACCCCGUCCAGUUAUGUAAGAAUGCAGCCGUUUGAAGCUUUGCCCUGAGGAGGGGACCUUUGUCUGCUGAUCAUCUGUUAUGCGAGGACAAGAUCAGAGGCCCAAACUGUAUAAAGGAGUGACUCACAGAUUCAUGGAGUGAGGAGGCCAUGAGGAAGGCUGGUGUAGCCCACAAUAAAUCCAGCAAAGAUAUGGAGAAUCAUGUUUUUAUGAAGGCCAAAACUCGGGAGGAAUAUCUUUCUCUUGUGGCCAGACUUAUUAUCCAUUUUCGAGACAUUCACAAUAAGAAAUCUCAGGCCUCCGUCAGUGAUCCUAUGAAUGCACUGCAGAAUCUAACAGGCGGCCCCCCAGCAGGAGCAGCUGGAAUGGGCAUGGCUUCACGAGCUCAAGGAGCACCAAUGGGUGGGAUGAGUGGACUUGGGCCAAUGGGCCAGCAGAUGAGCCUUUCAGGGCAGCAACCUCCUGGAACCUCUGGGAUGGCCCCCCAUGGUAUGUCUGGUGUCUCUGCAGCUACUCAACAGACCCAGCUCCAACUGCAACAGAUGGCGCAGCAGCAGCAACAGCAGCAGCAACAAUUUCAGCAGCAACAGGCAGCUUUGCAGCAGCAGCAGCAGCAACAGUUCCAGGCGCAGCAGUCGGCCAUGCAACAGCAGUUCCAGGUCCAGCAGCAGCAGGCGGCAGCAGCGGCCGCUGCACAACAACAGCAGCAGCAGCAGCAGCUGCAAGCAGCCCAGCAGCAGCAGCAGCAGCACAUGCUCAAACUGCAGAUGCAGCAGCAGCAGCAGCAGAAUCAGCAGCAGAUGCAGCAACAGCAGCAGCAACUACAGCGAAUUGCUCAAAUGCAGUUACAGCAGCAGGCAGCUCAGGCUAUGCAGGUGCAGCAGCAGCAGCAGCAACAACAACAACAACAACAAAUACCACCGCAACAGAUACAGCAGCAGCCAUCUCAGCAAGUCAUGCAACAGCAGAUGCAACAGCUGCAGCAACAACAACAGCAACAGCAGCAGGUUGCUCAGGCCCAACAGUCUCAGCUUCCACCACAGUCGCAGCCCCAGCCCAUGGUCUCUCAGGCACAGGCAAUCUCAGGACAGAUCCCUAGUCAGGUCAUGUCUGUACCUUUUACCCAGCAGCAGUUAAAAGCCAUGCAGGUAAGAGCUCAACUGGUGCAGCAGCAGCAGCAGGCAGCGGCAGCAGUCCAAGCGGCUCAGGCCCAGGCUGCUCAGAUGGGAGCUUCAGGGCAGAUGAUCACCGCAACUAUGGCCAGAGGUGGGAUGCAAAUAAGACCACGGUUCCCGCCUACCACCGCUGUAUCUGCCACGCCUCCAAGCUCCAUUCCUUUGGGCGGACAGCAAAUGCCACAGGUCAGCCAGAGCAGCAUUACCAUGAUGUCGUCUCCGUCACCUGUCCAGCAAGCGCAGACACCCCAGUCAAUGCCACCACCUCCUCAGCCACAGCCAUCACCUCAACCAGGGCAGCCAACUUCUCAGCCAAACUCGAAUGUCAGCUCCGGCCCAGCCCCAUCUCCCAGCAGCUUCCUCCCCAGUCCAUCUCCUCAACCAUCCCAGAGUCCAGCAGCUGCACGAACACCACAGAACUUUAGUGUCCCAUCUCCAGGUCCUUUAAACACUCCAGGAAAUCCAAACUCCGUCAUGAGUCCAGCAAGCUCCAGCCAGUCAGAAGAGCAGCAGUACCUGGAGAAACUCAAACAGCUGUCAAAGUACAUCGAGCCACUUCGGAGGAUGAUCAAUAAGAUUGAUAAAAAUGAAGAUAGGAAGAAGGACCUGAGUAAGAUGAAGAGCCUCUUGGAUAUCCUGACUGAUCCUUCAAAACGAUGCCCUCUGAAGACUCUACAGAAAUGUGAAAUUGCUCUGGAGAAGCUCAAGAAUGACAUGGCUGUGCCCACGCCUCCACCUCCACCAGUGCCCCCUACCAAACAGCAGUACUUGUGCCAGCCACUUUUGGAUGCUGUCUUGGCAAACAUUCGUUCACCAGUCUUCAACCAUUCCCUCUACCGUACCUUUGUGCCAGCUAUGACUGCGAUACAUGGCCCUCCAAUCACGGCCCAGAUGGCUUCCCCUCGAAAGCGUAAAUAUGAAGAGGAUGAAAGGCAGACCAUACCAAAUGUAUUACAAGGGGAAGUCGCAAGAUUAAAUCCUAAAUUCCUGGUGAAUCUGGAUCCCUCCCAUUGCAGUAAUAAUGGCACAGUCCACCUCAUAUGCAAGCUAGAUGACAAGAACCUUCCAAAUGUCCCGCCACUACAGCUCAGUGUUCCAGCUGACUAUCCAGAUCAGAGCCCUCUGUGGAUAGACAACUCUCGACAAUAUGCAGCCAAUCCCUUCUUGCAGUCAGUGUAUCAGUACAUGACAUCAAAAUUGCUGCAACUUCCAGACAAGCAUUCAGUCACAGCACUCUUAAACACCUGGGCACAAAGUAUCCGUCAAGCCUGCCUCUCUGCUGCAUAACUUCCUUCCCUUGUGAAAUCAUGAAGCAAAGAAAUUGGGUCUCGACAGCUGGCCUCUCCCAUGGCCACUGGAAGAAUCACAGGCAUUUUGGGAGGGAACUUCAGAAGAAAAAGCCUUAUACUGUUUUGUUUCUAGGUGCCAGGUUCAAUAGGGAACCUGGUGUUAGAUUUAGAUUUCAUGCUUUUAUCUUCUGCCUUUGUGGACUUUGCCAGCAUUUUCACAUAUACAGAACAUGUAUAUAUGGUUCUUGAGACUGAUGUAUUAGGAGGGGCUUUUAUUGUCUUCUUAGAGAAGAAAUUAUUUGUAGACUUCCAUCAGGGAGUCUGAAUGGUAUAGAAAGGAGAGGGGAGAAUGUCCUAAUUUGCUUCAGACUUUGCCUGAUGCCAGUAUUCCUCACACUCUGUAUGUUGUGUGACUUGAUAUUGCCCCAAGAAUAAAUUAGCUGCAGCUAGAAUGUGCUCACAAACUUCCCUAUGGUUGCAGGAGUCUGGUAAUUUAAUUUGGAGAAAGGGGAGAAAUCGGGGCCUUUUUAGGGCAUCCCUAAUGCGUCAGAUUAAUCUGAAUAAUUCUGUUUAGGAGGAAAAACAACCAUAGGAAAAAUUUUAUAGCUUAUUUUAAACACUACUUUGUAUAAACGGUUUUUGGUUAGCACGGACCAUGCAUUUCUCACUCUUAGAAAGUUGGAUGAUCUGAAGGAGGGGUAUUCAGUGUGCAUGCUGACUGAUUUCCCUGUGAACUCCAAGUGUGUGUGCAGGGAAAAUCAAUUGAUUGACUCAUAGCAGCACUGUAAAUGAAUCCAGCAGGCUGCAGCUACUUAUCUGCAUUUAUAUUUACCAGGGGAAUUGCAUCUUACCUGGCAUUUCUCUUGGGUGUUGGCUUCCCUGGGGAGUGAUGCAACUCAUGGGAAGUGUUUGCAUAUCCCACUCGCAUCUCUUUGUUUAAAAAAACUGAACACAGCUCAGGUCUAAGACUGACAAUUGACCUUACGUGCCUUGGGCACUGAGGGACACCCAACUGUAAAAGUAUUACUGGUCAUCUCAGUUAGGAUCACAAGACUGAUGGCAGCUGCUGUGUUGUGAGGCAAUGCGAAUAAAGUAACUGGUUCCAUACACAGUGUGAUUACAUUUCAGUUUGCCCUAUCUUUGUAGUUCAUUCACUCUCAGUUCCUGCGUGUAAGGGAAUUUCAAAGUCUCAAGUAUUUCCAUCACACCCUGCUCCAUCCCCCAGUAUUGUGCAACAGUCCCUGACAAGUAGCUGGACUCUUACAGUGGUGUCAAGAAAUUGCUGUGACCUCUGUAAAUCUGUGUGGUGUCAUCAGUUUUAGGAUGUUUUAAAAUGUGGGUACUUAGUAAGCACUGAUUGAGGCAGCCGAGUGGUAUCAAUAUUUUGUACAUGAACUAAUGCAUUAUCUGUUUGUUUUAUCGUAAUAAAUUUAUUAUUAUUCCUGUGUUUGAAA